AUGGCGUUCCGUCGACGCAUUGUGAUAACAUUCGUAGCACUUCUGUGCAUAAAGUUCGUGUGCUCGGAAAAAGCGCACGAUAAGUAUUCCAAACAUGCCAACGUGCUGCCGGAUUCCGAGAUAUACGAACCGGAUUUCCGAAACAUUCAACGUCCGUUUCGCAUGGCCAAACUCAAUCUGGUCUGGACCAAAGCCCAAUUACGGCUAACGGAACCGAAGUUGAAAUCAUUGUACACCGAACUAAAGCUGCAUGAUAAGGAAGAAAUUACCUACAAGCAGUUGAAGGAAAAGGACAAAGAUGGAAUGAAGGAAGCUGAACUGCGGAACAAGCUCGUCGGCAUAAUGAGCACCUACGGAUUGUUGGAACAUUUCGACGACACGCAAGACCCGGAAAAGUAUAAAAUGCACAAAUUCUCCAACGGCGCUGCCAAGAAGGAUGCGUACAAAAACAAGAGCCUGUUCAAGGACAAAAAGCUCAACAAACUCUGGGACAAAGCGGAGACGGCCGGGUUCUCGAAGGAAGAACUUGACGCUCUGCGGGAGGAGUUCGAACACCACCAGACCAAGAUUGACGUCUACUACAGCCUGCUUGAGCGGAUGAGCGAUGAAGCGACCGUGAAUGCCAACGCCGGGGAUGCCCACCUGAACGCCGUCAAUGAUGAGGAGCACGAUCGGUACAACGAAGUCGAUCGGGGCGAGGAAGGCGAUCGAGGACAGGGUGCCAACAAACAGCACGCUUUCCUGCACCAAUCGAAUCAGCUGCGCGACAAACAUCGUGAAAUACGUGACAACUUCGAUCGGCUGGAUCGCAUCGCUUCUAAGGGUCCGAACAGUCAGGAUUUCGUCGAACCUAAGGUGCAAGGACUGUGGCGAGUGGCGAUCGCCAGUGAUUUCAGCGCGGAUGAGCUGGCAUCGCUGAAGGUGGAACUGCUGCACUACGAAAGCCGCUUGCUGAAGUUGCGCCACAUGCAUGCGGAGCACGCACUCAGUCUCGAAAAGCACAAGCAGAGCGACGCGAAAGCCGACACUCACAGGCUGAUGGAGGACAACAUCAAGAAGCAAACGCGCAAGGUGGAGAAAAUACAGGAAGAAGUUGAACGGCGCAUCUUCAAACACGCGGAGCUGUAGGAGGGCCAGCAUCGAAUGGCCACGUGUCCAAGCGCUUCCCGCCAACGUCGCUCUAGAAAAGUUCACCACGUUAGGCCUUUGCUAGACGAGGUGUCAUUUUUUUGUACCAUUUCUCGAGUAGUAAAGAGUAACAAGAUAUUUUAGGGUAAGGUAAACGUAACUUCCAAAAUUCUCAUUUAAAUUUGUUUCUCUGUACGUGUUUAGUUGUGAACCGAAAAUAAACGUUUUUUC